AUGUCUCGUGCCUGUUCACUUGCUUCGUUUGAUACAGACUAUAGUGCAGAUUCUGCUGAGUUUUGCCCUUUGAAUGAUUAUAAUCAGUACCUUACAGUUGGAACAUAUCAACUAACAGAUGAACAACAAGAUAAUGUUCGCGUUCGAAAGGGCAAAGUAUAUCUCUUUGACCUUUCUCAGCAACAACUUGAUACUCCCAAGCAAGUGAUCGAGACAGCUGCUAUUUUGGAUAUGAAAUGGAGUCACUCUCUGGUGAAUGAGCAACCUGUUUUGGGUAUAGUGGAUUCAAUAGGUGGAUUCCACUUGUAUGGAUUCAAUCAUGAGUCAUUAGCUAAAGUGGAUCAUGUUCAAGUAACAGAGGAUCAGUCCAUACUCUGUCUUUCCUUAGAUUGGGCAGGAAGACGUCAUGACGAUAAAAGAGUUGCUACAUCUCACUCGAAUGGAGACAUUAGCAUCUUGUCUCCAACAGAAACGAAUUAUACCAUUCAAGAACAAUGGCAUGCUCAUGAUCUUGAGACUUGGAUUGUUGCAUUUGACUAUUGGAACACCAACAUUCUUUACUCUGGAGCAGACGAUGGACUAUUCAAGGGCUGGGAUACGCGUUCAUGCACACCUGCAUUUACCUAUAAACGACACACGAUGGGUAUCACCACCAUGCAAUCUUCGCCUCAUCAAGAAUAUCUAUUGGCCACUGGAAGCUAUGAUGAAACAAUUUAUUUCUGGGACACACGCUCUAUGCGAGCGCCCAUCAAUAGUGUUCAAACACCAGGAGGAGGUAUCUGGAGACUAAAGUGGCACCCUCAUUGCCCAAAUAAGCUAUUAUCUGCAUCCAUGCAUGCAGGAGCAUUUGUAUUGGACGUUGACACCAGUCAGUAUGAUGCUAGUAUUUCAACUAGUUUUCUAGAUCAUACAUCGAUGGUGUAUGGUGCAGAUUGGUCAUAUCGGGACUCUGAUCUGGUUGCGACUUGUUCAUUUUAUGAUCACGUGCUACAUCUUUGGAAGAUAUAA